AUGAGGCUAAUCUUUUUGCACUUUAAAAUCAUUCUUGAAGUGAAGAUAGAGAUUAAUGAGUUGUACAGUUCACUCGUCAGUUGGGGUGAUAAGAAAGAUUCUUGUAUUCUUGAACUCGGUGCACUUGAGAAGAAUCCCGAAACAGGAAAACUUGAAGAGUUAUCAUAUAAGUUUGAUCUUUUUGAAGCCUUGGCUACAUGGGAACAGGUACGGAAUAGCACCACUGUACUGACUAAAGAGGUUAUGGACUCCUUGCCAAAUGGAUGGGAAGAGUAUGCACGGCAAAGAAUUAAUAAGGGCAAAGACCACAAAUAUAAGAAUACGACUCUCUGCAAGGAGAAACUUUCUCUUGUACUUCCUGAAAGGCCACCAUUUGUUCCACGUCAGAUUGGUCGAUGUGCUGUAGUAGGCAAUUCAGGAGAUCUUCUGAAAACAAAGUUUGGGAAGGAGAUAGAUGGUUAUGAUACUGUAAUAAGAGAAAAUGGUGCACCUAUUCAGAACUAUACAGAGUAUGUAGGUAAGAAGAGUACUUUUCGCCUACUUAAUCGAGGGUCUGCCAAAGCACUCGAUAAAGUUGUGAAGCUAGAUGAGUCUGGGAAGGAGGUCUUGAUCGUUAAAACCACGAUUCAUGACACUAUGAGCAAGAUGAUCCGGGAAAUCCCAAUCGACAAUCUUGUGUAUCUCAUGUUAGGAGCAUCAUUAGGUUCCGCUGCAAGAGGAACAGGACUCAAGGCUCUGGAAUUUGCGUUAUCUAUUUGUGACUCCGUCGAUAUGUAUGGUUUUACAGUUGACCCAGGUUAUACAGAUUGGACAAGAUACUUCUCAGAACCUCGAAAAGGGCAUAGUCCUCUUCAUGGUAGGGCGUACUACCAGAUGAUGGAAUGUCUAGGACUUGUCAAGAUUCAUUCUCCAAUGAGAGCAGAUCGUAACCAUGAACUGAAGUGGUUACCAAGCCAAAGUACAAUUAAUGCUGCGAGAUACGCUGCAGAGAAAAUCUUGAGCAGGAUAGGAGCAGGGAGGGACGACCCUCUCAGGUCAUGUUCAAUCAUCAAAAAACAACACAAGGGUAUGACCAUGGCGAUUCCUGGUAUACGAGAGGCUGCUAAAGAACACCUAAACUACGUAAAAGGUGCAACCAUGUACCCUUUGGAGAAGAGUCUUGGACAUGGGACACUCUGCACAGUUCCUUGA